AUGGAUUAUGGUGUUGGGACACAGGCGAUCGAACAAGCAACCCUUAAUCAAGAGUUAGAGUGUACCUUUUUUGCCUUUAUUCCAAAAUUUCAUGGUGCUGAUGACGUGAAGAAUUUCAAGCCCAUUAGUUUGUCAGGAAGCCUUUGCAAGAUUUUAGCGAAGGUUUUGAGUAAGAGGUUGAGAGUUCUAUCCAAAGUUAUCUCCCUCUAUCAAAGUGCUUUUGUUUUGGGGAGACGGAUCUUGGCUAGUUUGCUAGUUGCUCAUGAAUGCCUUGAUUCCUGUUCGAAAGAUGGGAUAAAAAGUCUUCAGCAAGGGGACCCUCUAUCACCCUUUCUCUUUGUUAUCAUCACCGAAGCCUUAAGCAGAUUGUUGUUGAAUGGUCAAUUUGCUGACUUGGCGGUGGCUAACUUGAGACUGAUUGUUGGGUGGUUUGAGGUAACCUCUAAGCUUAAGGUCAAUGUUAAUAAAUCGGAAAUUUUGGGUAUCCAUACCCCUUUGGAAGAUCUUGUUGCUCUAGUCAAUAUUUUCGGGUGCAAGGUUGGUUCUUUCCCUUCUACUUAUUUAUGGUGUUUGGGGAAGCCCCCAAAGAGUCUUUGGGACAAGUGUUCGAAGUCUGUGUUAAAGCAAAUUGAUAAAUUAAGGAGGGAUUUCCUAUGGGAAGGAGGAUUCUCUAAAGGUAAAUUCCAUCUCUUCUUAAUUGGUCUGAGGGAGUGCACCUAUCUCCGAAUGUUGCUGACUCUUUGUGUUGGCAUUUCGGAAAGUCUGGAGUCUUCAUCGUUAGAGUGUUCUAUUCCCGAUUGA